CCCGACAAAACGUUCUACCCUCACGAGAACCAAUCCUUUUCUACAACCCACGAAGCUCCCGGCUUCUCUCAUAUACCCUCGACAUCAUGAUACCAUCAACGAGCCUCUUGCGCACAGCGCGUGUGCUAUUCCCUACCGUCCGAACCUCUACCCCGACGAUCUCUUCCAGCACCAGAUAUUUCUCUGCUCUCACGUCCGCGUCGACUCAAAAUGCGUUACGGAGACCAACAUUAUUAGCAGGAUUGAGGGAGGUGCAGAAUGGAAUCAGCGAGCAAGUACGAGGCAUGAAGGUUAGGAGUUCGGUCAAGAAACUUUGCGAGGGCUGCAAGAGCGUCAGAAGGAAAGGCGGCAAAUCGGGAAAGGGACAUGUGUAUAUCAUCUGCUCGCUGAACCCGAAGCAUAAGCAACGACAAGGGAAAUGA